AUGGUUGAUCACGUGCCACUAUCUGCAGUAGUCGUAGUGCGUAGUGGCCAAGAUCACGCUUCAAUGUCUGAUAAAGAAGACAAAAGCGGCUCAUUAGCCCAGCAGCAGCAUGAUACCGACCUCGAAAAUGCAACACCGCAUCAUGAAAAGCCAGGCCCAACAUCGGCUUUCCAACAGCUGGGCCUCCUGGAUCGAUUCUUAGCCGUCUGGAUCUUCCUCGCCAUGGCUGUGGGUAUUAUCUUAGGAAACUUCGCACCGGGUACCGGUCCAGCGCUACAACGGGGACAGUUUGUUGGUGUCUCCGUGCCUAUCGCGGUUGGCCUUUUGGUGAUGAUGUAUCCCAUUCUCUGCAAAGUGCGCUUCGAGACAUUGCACCGUACCUUCCGCGCGAAGGCGCUCUGGAUCCAGAUUGGGUUUAGUUUGGUGAUGAAUUGGGUGGUGGCUCCGUUGUUCAUGCUGGGUUUGGCGUGGGCGUUUCUGCCCGACGAACAGGGUCUGAGAGAAGGUCUGAUACUGGUGGGGAUCGCGCGGUGCAUCGCCAUGGUUCUCAUUUGGACGGGGCUAGCAGGCGGAGACGGAGAAUACUGCGCCAUCCUCGUUGCCGUCAACUCCAUGCUGCAGAUGGUGCUGUUUGCACCGCUAGCCAUCUUGUUAAUCCGCGUGAUUGGCGGGACAGACCAAGUGGCCGACACAAUUGGUUAUUCUCUCGCCGCCAAGAGCGUGGCUGUCUUCCUGGGAAUCCCUCUCGGGGCGGCUAUUGUGACGCGCUUCUCGCUGCGCGGACUGGUGGGCAAGGAUUGGUAUGACCAAAAGUUCCUCGCGUGGAUCGGCCCGCUGUCCCUGAUUGGUCUGCUCUUCACCAUCCUCGUGCUCUUCGCAUCGCAGGGCGAGCAUGUCGUGCAUCAGAUCGUGUCGGUGGUUCGGGUUGCGGCGCCACUGAUCGUGUACUUUGCUGUCAUUUUCCUGGUGACGGUGCUGCUCACGCGCCGGUGCGGUUUUGGGUAUGAACUGUCCUGUACGCAGAGCUUCACAGCAGCGAGCAACAACUUUGAGCUGGCCAUUGCGGUGGCCAUCGCCACGUUUGGGGUGAACAGCGAUCAAGCGCUGGCGGCGACGGUCGGGCCGUUGGUGGAAGUGCCGGUGCUGCUGGGCUUGGUGUAUGUAGUCAAGUGGAUCGGUAGACGACACCCAUGGUAG